GUGGAGAAGGGAAUAAAACCCCUCCUCCAUCAUCCAGCGUCGCUCCCUGGGACCUUCUGCCAUCCCUUUAAUUCUAGGGAACCCAGAGCAGGAUUAUUUAUUUAUUUAAUUUCUUUAUCUAUUAUUAUUAAUAUCUGUUAUUUAAUAGCCAUGGCGGAGGUUCCACCCGUCAUUAACAUCUCGGUGUCCCUGAAGAUGGAGCCAAACGAUGGGCCGGUGUUCUUCAAGGCGGACGGGUCUCGGUUCGGACAGACCAGGACCAUAAAACUGCUGACUGGGUCCAAAUACAAGAUCGAGGUGGUGGUGAAACCGGGCAGCGCCGAGGCCACCACUAUGGGGAUCGGCUCGGGCAGCUUUCCUCUGGAGCAGCAGUCCAAAGAUGAUGAAACGAUUGUAUAUCACGGGUUUUACGAUACUGAGGGAGUACCGCACACCAAAAGCGGAGACCGUCAGCCAGUGCAGGUGUCUAUACAGUUUAAGGAUGCGGGAGUGUUUGAAACAGUCUGGCAGGUGAAAUACUACAACUACUACAAGCGUGAGCACUGCCAGUUCGGCAACAAGUUCAGCUGCAUCGACUACGAGGUGAAGCCCAACGAGACGCGCAGCCUGAUGUGGAUCAACAAGGAGAUCUUCCAGUAAGAGAGAGAGAGAGAGAGAGAGAGACAUAGCAAAAACUGGCUGAAGCACAGCACAGCAGCACUAUCUAUACCUGCGGGGACAGUAACCAUCACUGGGCAGUUUAUGUACUGGACAGAGGGACGGAUUCAGGUUUUUAAAGGAAUAUUCAAGCUAAAGAUGCUAACAUGGCUAACAGCUAUCGUUUACAUUCCUGUUAGCAUGUUAGCAUUUCUGAUUGGCGUAUUCCUUUAAGACCAAGAGAUGAGAAAUCCUUCAACCAUUGGGAUCUUGUUUUUUUUUUUUUUUUACCACCAGAUCAGCAUCACCAGUUCUUCUGUCUUCUGUGUUGUUGGUUUUGCAUGUUGAUUGUUGAUUGUUCAGUCAAUCAAGGACCAAAUUUAACUCCUUAAACUCUUAUUAAGCUCUAUGCAUAUAGUACUUAUGAGUGGAGGAUUAAAAUGCAGAUUCAAAAAUAGAUAUUUUAAGUGUUUUAAGUGGGUUAAAGGAUGUUUUUGUUGUGUUAUAUUUGUUUUGUUGCACUAUAAAUCACAUGCACUCUGUCAUAGCAACAGUUGCUAGGUUAGACAGGCUAUUAUUAAUUGAUUAUUAAUGGUUCUAACAGUGCCAUGUGUGCUUUUAUGUAUUCAUCCAUAGCAACUGUUGCUAGGUUAGACAAGUGGUAGACCUAACUGACUAUUUAUUUUCUCCAACACCUUAAUAGGUUCUUUCAUAGCAACUGUUGCUAGGUUGGACAAGCAAUGGCCCUAGUUAACCUGUUCUUGCUUUUGCCCACAAAAGUGUUGUAUGCAAUAAAAUGUUGCUAGGUUGGACAAAAACGCAAAUUACAGUUGUGAGCGAUUCAUGAAAUACAUGAAUACGUAAAAUUUCACAAUAGCCUGUCCAACCUAGCAACAGUUGCUAAGAAAGAACAAAGUGUGGAUAGGACAAUGGAUAGAACAAAUUGGCCUCUUGGCCAACCUAGCAACAUAGCAAUAUAUGUGUAGAUAAAAGCAUGAAGAGGACAGUUUUUUUUGUUUAUUAUACCAGAAAUAAUUGCAAUAAACAAUAAUUAUAGUUGUUUUAGUACCAUUUUAUACCACUGAUAACAUUUGCGAUUGCAAAUUACUUAGUGAACUUUUAAUUAUUACAAAUAUUUAGGGAAUUGGAAUAGAAACUAUUGAUGUCAACAUCAACAUCUGGAGACUUCAUAUUUAUCUUUGUUUUUAAACGCAACACAUGACACAGGUCAAAGAGGCUAGUUUAGUGAUGUAAUACAACAUCACUUACUUUCAAGUUUAGAAAGUAGAUUACCCCUCAAACACAAACACACAGAGCUGACGGCAUUUCCUCUUUCCAAGUUGUUGAGUGUGGAAUAUGGAGCUAGACUAGCGUUCAUUUCCUUCAUUAAAGCUCUUUGGUAAACUCAAUAACUCUAGAACUCUAAAACUAGACCUCAAUAUUAAAGGACUAUGUCUAUAUAUCUAUAUAUUGAUGAUAAGUUGAUAACCUAAUUAUGAGUGGAAGACCUGUAGAAUAAUAAGCACAGUUGAAAUGAAAUGAAAGUAUGCACAGGUCAGUUAGACCAACCACUGCAGUGCUGGUGCAGAAAAAGUGAAGGUUACAAUGCAUUUUUGUAUUAAUGAACUACGCUCCCAGUCGCCCACAUGUACAUACAGUACAUUAUCUGCCCUGUUAUGGUUACUAAUCUAAUGCAACUUCCAGUCAGCGUCUGUCUCCUCACUGUGGGCCUUACUGUGGGCAUGCAGUUACUCCAGUAUUUUAGCUGUACUACGAACAGGGCAGUGCUCAAAACCACUCGCUCCUACAGGGUGCUGUCUGCAUAUAUAUAUACCUGUAUAUAUACUUAUAUACAUACAUACGAUUAUUAUCGUCAUCAAGUUAAUGUGAAAAAGAACGACCAAUCGGUGGACGUUGUGAUGUUCCGGGACUGGCGCUGAUAAAUAUUUAUUUAUUUAUUCGUUUGUUUGUUUAAUUGUGAAUGGUGUGUUUAUUUAUGGUGUGGAAGAGUAUACAGUAUGGUAUGAAUUGUUUCUUGAUUAUAUUUUGUUUUUAUAGUCGUUUAUCGCUUCUUCAGUGCUUUUUAAGUUGCCUACCUCUUCACGCCACGAACGAAUCGAAGGCCUGCUCUAUUCCAUAUAUGUUUUUUAACUAAAUUGGUGAUGAAUAUGCCUGAUUUAAUAUCAUUGUCAUCAAGUUAUAAUAAAUGAAAAAAAUCAUGUUCCAUAAUUCCAUAAUUAUUGCUACAACUACAUACAGUCUUACUAACUUUCCACAUGUACAAAGGUGGGUGCUGCUUACAAUAACAAAAAAUACACUGUACUGUAUAUAUAUUAAUGAUGAUCUAAAACAAUGAAAAUAUUAAUAAACAUAAAAAACAGUAGGAGUGGGCCUUCAAUUCAGAUUAAUUACAGCAUCUCUCACAACUGCAUUGCUUGAAUUUAUGCUGUUGCUUUUAUUAUAUAUUUGCUUGUGUGGUAACUGUGUACAUUUCUCAAGGAUAAUCUGAUUGUGUCUUUUUUAUUAUUUAAACCAUUUCUGUGUGAAUCUGAGCCAAACUGUUGAAUUCUUGUUUUUUUUUUAAGAUAAAAAGAUCAAAAUGAAAA